UGGAAUUUACGUUUGCUUUGUAGUCAGGCAGACAUGACAUAUUUGUCCAAUCACAAAAAAAAUCUGAAAGGGGAUUUUUGCUGUAUCUUUGGCUCAGAGGCCUCAGGGUGUGUUUGCCACCGCUGUGUGAGCAAACAAUGACGGAGGACAGGCUGAAGGCGGACCCCUCCAAGCAGGAGGGGCUGGACUCAGUAGAGGGAGACACAGAGCCCAGCCUGCUGCUGCAGAAACUAAAGAGCAACAUCUCUAAGAAUGUACAGGGCAAAGUGGACGUUAUCCUGCAAGAUGUGCAGCGCUUCUCUGACAACGACAAACUCUACCUUUACCUCCAGCUGCCUUCUGGUCCCAGUUCAGGGGAGAAAAGUCUGGCAAUGGCCCCGCUGGCACAACUUAGGCGGUGGUGUAUUUCUGCAUCGAUGUCAGCUUUGGAGGAGAGAACACUGCCAAGCAGCAGCAGUGACCCCAGCUCCUUCAACACAGCUGACCAGCUGCACACCUGCAACUGGAUCCGCAGCCACCUGGAGGAGCACGCAGACACCUGCCUGCCCAAGCAAGACGUCUACGAGACAUACAAGAGAUACUGUGAAAACCUGCAGCACCGGCCUCUGAGUGCUGCCAACUUUGGGAAGAUCAUCCGUGACAUCUUCCCCAACAUCAAAGCCCGGAGGCUCGGUGGCAGGGGACAGUCCAAGUAUUGUUAUAGUGGAAUCCGCAGGAAGACGGUGCUAAACAUGCCACUGUUGCCAAACCUGGACCUGAAAAACGACCCAUCGGAGCUGACGGAGCUGGUGCAGACCUACAAGCAAGAGGUGACGGAGGCGGCUUGUGAGCUCAUCUGUGAUUGGGCCCAGAAGAUCCUCAAGCGUUCCUUUGACACAGUGGUCGAGAUCGCCCGUUUUCUUGUGCAGGAGCACAUCGUCAAUCCGCGCUGCAGCCAGGCUGAACUUGUCACUUCUGCCGCUAUGGCAGGAGGUCCUGCAAAGCCCCACAAGGUGAUCAAGAAGAACCCAGUACCAUCCAAAGGAGGUGGGCCAGAGACGGAAGGGAGCGGCUCUGAAGCUAAGGUAAGGGAUAAAGACGUUGGGGAUCAGUCAUUGCCAGGGAAACUGCAGUCCAGUGACAAGCCUAUGAAAGGGGCGGAGUCGGUACGCCCGGGGGGUCGCGAAUUGCAGGUGGAGGCUCUGAUGAAACACUUGCCCCGAAUCCUGCCUCGCAGCUCUGUCCCGGAAAAGUCCCAGCUUUCGGUGCGCUCCUCGCCUCCCUCGCUGGCGCCCAAAGACGCAGGCGGCAUGAAAGUCAUCACAAUGACUGCCCUGCCCCAGCAGCAAGGGGGCGCUCUCCCCGUCAUGAUCCUCCCCCAGAGCGUCAGCCUCUCCUACCCCGACAGGGAAAAAGCCCCAUCAAUCACUAUGGCGCCCGUGGCACCAACCUCGGUGGUGCAGAGGGCUCGCGCAGUGGGCAAACGGGCCCCCGAGGCAGCAAGUGGAGGCCCCGGGCUGGGAGGCACGCCGGCCAAACGGAAACGAGGACGACCCAGGAAGCAACGGCCAGAGGACACCACCCCCCCGCAGCCGCCCCCUCCACCCUUACCCUCAGUCAACCAAGCCCCUAUUAUGAAUUCCCUCACCGGAGGGGUGAUCCAGAAAGCCUGCUCUUCCUCCUCCUCCCAGGUGGUGGAGGUCGUAUUCCAGGACCAGCAGGCCUUGGUACUAGGUCAGCUGCAUUCGGUAGCGGACACAGGUGACCCAGAGCACCGGGGCGUGGUGCUCGAGACUGACCCACGGCCCGUGAUGCUGCUGUCAGGGACCAGUCACACAAACUGGGACAUGGGCAGGGCCAUGGUAGAGGUCAUCCAGAGGGCCCCGAGACCACCCACCAUCAUCACCAAGAACAACAACAACUCCCAGUCUACCCCCCAGCACCGCCUGCCCCUGCCCACUGUGCUGGAGGAUCGAGGGGAGGUGGAGAUCACCCUCACCCCCGUGGAGCCUUCGGACGAUCUGCCGACCCCCACUGGCCAGGCUAGCUCGACCCCCACUGCCCAGGCUAGCUCGGAGGGUGGCCCCACACCCGAUGACCGCUCUAAAGAACCUAGCCCUGGCCUUCCUUGUCCCAGAGACUAAGGAGCACUAAGGGACUUUAUACUACCCUUAGGGGGAGGAUAACCACCCCCAAUCAUCUUCUCCCAGGUAGUGUCUUCUCCCCGAUUGGUGGAAAUCCAAGAUUGGUAGCGCAGAGAGCCAAGAAGGAUCGAUGAAGCCUAAACACGAUUAAUCCCUGUUGACCUUCCGUUUAUAACUCUUUGCUGUGACUAACUGCAUGUUUGUCUUUGUAAUUGUGAGCAGAGAGAGCGAUAAAGGCGGUUCCAUAGUUCUUAUGACGAGGGGGGGGGGUAUUUACGGGUUCGGACCUUUUAAGGUAUUAAGUGCUACUCUCCCUGAGAGGAACUCCCCUCAGUGUUUAUUUUCUUUUAAUAAUAUACAGUUGAAAUCGGAAGUUUACAUACACCUUAGCCAAAUACAUUUAAACUCAGUUUUUCAUCAUUCCUGGCAUGUAAUCCUAGUAAAACUUCCCUGUCUUUGGUCAAUUAGGA